AUGGCUGCCGCCCCAAACAACCCCCCUGGCAUCCAACUCCCACCCACAGACUCCAACAUUCCCCCCGACGCCCCUGCCAACGGCGACAUAAUCCUCUCCGACAUCCUCGGCACCCAACGCCCCAUCACCAUCUUCGCCGGCUUCACACGCGACAUCUCCAGCGUCCUAACCCGUCUCUCGACCCCCUCGUUAAACACCACCGUCCUCGCCCCCCUCAACACCGCCAUAACCUCCCUCCCGCGAAAGCCCUGGGAAGACCCUCGCGAGUACGCUGUGUUGGGGACAGAGGCGUACGAAGGGCAGGAGGGCGAGGAUCGCGCGCAGAGGAAUUUGAGGAGGUUUACGGAGAAGCAUGUUGUGACUGCGUCGCCUUGGGGGGAGGGCGAGAAGGUGGAGACGAUGGGUGGCGGGAAGGUUUGGUGGGAGAAAAGGGGUGAGAAGGUUGUGGUUAUGCCUGGGAGUGUGGAGGUUGAGAGGGUUGGGGGACGGGUGGCGAAUGGGGAGGUUUGGGUUUUGAAGGGGGUGUUGAAUUAUGCUUCUUGA